UGUGUGUGUGUGUGUUAGGCUCAUCAUCUCGCCCUGUGUUAGUGUCCGCGAAUCUCGCGGCGACGGAGGACGCGUGACGGAGGCGCUGCCGCGGGAAACAGCUAGAACAACGAAAAUGAUUAACCGGAAAAAAGAAAUCAUCAAGUUGGCUGUUUUAGCGGUCGUAGUCCCGUUCGGUUUGCUGUAUGGAAUUAAACAUAUCGAAUUUAUUCCUUCAAGUCAAUACCAGGUCGCAGAUACCAUCUCGUUCGACGAAUCUGGGGGAAAAAUCGACAUUCCCUUCGGACCUAGGGGAAACACCACUUCGUCUAGGGGAAUAUUCGGCACUUUCCUGAAGAAAAGAGACGAUCCUAGGGUAAAACCGACCGGAUUUUUAGGGGAAAUGGAUCAAUUUGAGGGGGAAACCCACCCCUUUGGCUCGGGAGGAGGGAAUAAAUCCCAAAAGACGCCUGCAAAGGGGCUCAAAAUCCUCCUCCUUAGCUCUGUGGGGAGAAGCGGCUCUUCCUUGUUCGGGGAACUUUUGGCGCAAAUGCCCCGCACGUUUUAUUUCUUCGAGCCGCUUAUGUUCUAUCAGAAACGGACGGCGGAGGGCGUGCAGCCGCGGACGGCCUUCUCCAUCCUGCAGAAGAUCUACAGCUGCGCCUGGGGCCCCGGGGACGCGCGCUGGGCCUCCUUCGGCGCCGACAGAAGCCUCGCCAGACAGAAUGGCCGCCAGCCGGUGUGUGUCUCCGGCGGCGACGAGAGACUCCUGCAAUGCUUGAGGAACACGUGCUUGCAGAACACCAACAUUGUUGUCAAGGUGAUCCGCAUGCGAGUGGCGUGGCUGAGCGACCUCCUGAGCGACGGCGGGGCCUCCGUCAGGGUCGUGCACCUCGUCCGGGAUCCGCGAGGGUCGUUCCUGUCGCUCAGGAGGCAGGACAUGAGGCAGAAGAACCCGAAGGAGUGGUGUCCGGCCAUCCUGCAGGAUGUGAAAUUAGUGAACCUCACCAAACAGCGAUUCCCCGAUUCGUUCACAUCCAUCAAAUAUGAAGACUUUUGCAGGGAUCCUGAGGGAGUGGCCACAAACCUUUGGAGAUUCGUGUCAGGCGACGCCCAAGCAGCCCUCCCUCCGUCGUGGCAAAACUACCUGAAGGUGCACACAGACCCGGCGCAGAGCAGACCCAGGAAGAAAUUCGGGACACGCAGGAACACUCGGAGACAGACCCAAGCUUGGCGGAGAGAAAUUUCCCACACGCUUUUAAGGGAGGUUGAGAAAGCGUGUGGCGAGGUGAUCGAUAUUCUGGGCCACAGACGGUUUUCCAGCGUGAGGGAAGCUAGGAAUAUUUCUAUACCGUUGAGGUUAUAGGUUGGGUUCUGAAGGAGGGGGUCUAUUUUAAUACGUGUGUGGAGGGGGUUGUGGGGGUGAUUGUGCGGUUUUUAAUGU